AAAUGUUAAUAUGUAUGACUCACCCCGCGAUUUGUGAUCAGUAGUAUUGACAGGCAGCAGCAUGAACAAGGCUGUCCACCACCGCCAACACCCAACGAUUUCGGGCCGGAGCUUGCCGCCGCAAAAGUCACGGCAUGAAAAUGCAGCACUCCCUACUAUACACUAAUAAACGCCGCCCAAGCUUUUUUUCUGUCCCCGGAAUCUCUUUUUCCCUUCCUUAAUCCUGAUGAGAGUGUUUGCGAUUCCGAUCCUUCGUAACAAAUGGGCAUACUAUUGCCAAACUACAAUACCUGUCAAUUCACGAUUGACUCAAGCAGUCGACUGGUCUAGCAAGAAAUGGGAGCAACUGGGUGAAGCGGAGCCAACAACUUGGAAACGGAAAUUGUACGAUCGCGGAAACAACUUAAUGAACCAACUCGACUAUCAAGAAUGGUUCUUGAAAAACGUACCUACGAAAGAAGCUAUCGAGUAUAAUCCAGAAAAGGUUCGCGUUUAUCAUGCAUCGUGUUUGGACAGCUUGGAUAUCGAAAAAGAUCUACAGCUGCUGCUUAAAGAACGCGAGCCGUAUCAUAAAAAAUAUUUGUACUAUUCCGCUUACUGGGUCCCUAUCGCCAGCACGUUUGCCAUUGUUCCGAUCAUCCCAAAUAUACCACUCGCAUAUAAUCUCUUUCGUUUAUACAGUCAUUAUAAAGCAUACAAGGGAGCACAGCAUUUAAAAUCAAUAUCGCUCGACUAUGCUGCAUCUCCCGAAUUAGACAAGUUGCUUGAGGGUCAGUCUUACGUAACAGCAGACGAAGUGACGUUACCGCUCGAAGUUGAAAAACGAUUUGCCGAAUCGUCCAAGCCCAACAUACAAGAAGUACUGAACCAAGAUAUACCGGGUGUGAUUGAUUUGGAAAAGAUCAUGGCAAUAUCGCGUCAUAAUGAAUCACCAGGGAUGGAGGUUGAGUUGAGGCGUGCUCGGUAUCAAAUCCUCGCUCAAAUUGCCAAACAACGGUUCUCACAGCAGCAGCAAAAAUAGAGUGGAUACAUACAUAUAU